UUAAGUUUAGCAAACAAGAGGAAAGCAUUGAGACAAAAGGAUCCAGGGCCACGUCCUCCUUUUUGCUGGAACAUAAGACUUGGCUGUAAUAUCAAAGCAUGAUGGUGUGUUGGUGAUUUUAAUUUACUCUCUGUGUGACACAGGGACACAAGUUGUUGAAGAUUAAAUAGUUGUAUUCCAAAAAAUAAUCUUUGCAAACCAAAAGACAACAGAAAAUGUGUGAUCCCAGUUACUGCCUGUGAAAACACAAAAAAAAUGCUUUGACCCCACUAUUUUUAACAAAGACAAAUUCCAUACAGCAUAAAAAAGUUGCUGCUCCAAUACAAUUUCCAUUCCUGUAUUGCUAUAGCAUUCCAAAGGCAAAGACAACAUGCUGGAGGCAUGAGAAUUAGAAAUGCAACAACUUAUCUCUCUUGUGCAACCCAGCGUGCCUGUACAUACAUGUCUGUGUGCGAUAGUGUGCUUUGAUUAUAUAGAGAAGCUGUAAGCCUCCAGUCAGGCAGAAGGGUCUGUAGAGUGGGCUGGACUCAGGGGCUUUAGACAAGCCAACAGCAGGCAGGAAAUCAGGAAAUCAGCAGAGUAGGGGGACAAUGACAUGGAGAUUAGAGACCAGUUAACCCCCACCUCUGGGUAGCUGACCUGUUUGUUCACCGACUAAGACUUCCUUUUUUUACAUAAGCACACACACGAUGAAACACACCCACUCUCAGACACAAACACAACCUGUUGAACACUCACUAACCUAUUCAAACUCAACCUCUCUCACGCUUCCCUUCUCUCAAACACAUUCACACACCAUACAGCAGUUAAAAUGAGUUGUGUGCUGUAGUUUCUCCUGCAGUUCAAUCUUUCUCAGUAUCACAGGAAUUAAAUCAGCAGCUCCUACCCUGCGUCCACUCUCCCUCUGGUAAUGGGUGCAGCCAACCAAUCAGCAGGAUUUACUUUAACACUUAUAACUAAAAGGCCAAUUCACAUCACAAUCAGGAUGAUAUCAUCUGAUGGCUGGCAACCAUUCUAAAGUGGAAUAAGUGCAAAUAUAAACUACGCAAAGCCUUAGGAAAAAAAAAUAAAGAAAACGUCCACCUGGAUGCCUUGACACUCUUGUACUCUGACCUCACCUGGCUUAUCUCUUUGGCAAAGAAGACUUUCACCGACAACACACCUGGAGUGUUCUGCAAUGCAAAGGGGAGUUUACACUUGGAAGGAUUAGCAAAAUAAGGAUCAAAUGUCCAAGGACUGAGAACAGUCACCUAGGCAGCAGUAAAGACAAAGGUAAGAGAGUCAAUCUCUUGGCAGUAAGGUUAUUGUGUCUUAAAUGCAACAAAUUGGUGUGUAAGUUGAUUUGGUUGUGUCAUUGAGGAAAACACUAUUUUAACUCACUCUGUUUCUGUCUCAAGGUUGUACAACAAGGUCUUCUCUGUAACGGCUGAACAAGCCCCAUCAUGUCAAAGAAGAGUUUGUGAGUGUGUGCAGGUAUGAGACGCAGCCUAGUUUCCUGACAGAGACGUGUGUGCAUGCGUGGGAUUCAAAUAUCUUGUAUUUUCUCAGGAAGACAGAUGGCAUUACGUUUUUAAGCCUCACCACUUCUUAAGAAUUCAUUAUCAAGCAAAGGAGGAAAUACAAAAGGACACAAAGACUGUUGAGGAUAUAACAAAAGGACAUUCAAGCCUAUAUUAAAAAGAUCUGCCAAGAUGCCACUUAGAACAUCCUUGUACAGAAAGCCAUCCUCUGGUCGUUGGUCCGGCAGAAACUCAAAACGCAGGGAGGUGCUGUCUGUCAACAUGAUCAGCCUACCACUGGCUGAUUUCCGCCACAUCUCACAUAUUGGAAACGAUGCCCAUACAGACAGCUUUGGAGACCUGUCCUUCCUACAGAUGGGCCACAGCUUGCUUCUACAAAGCUCCCAGAGUGAGCAGAACCUCUUUCUGGCAUGCUCUCCACCGCCAAAACCACCUCGUCUGAAUUUGGAUGAGGCAGAGGGUUCAGAGAGCCCUGACUGGUCCGUGGGCCAUCAGCACAAUGCCUCCCAUAAGAGGAAGAAAUGCAGCUCUAUGCCACUGCUGGAUAGUGAGGAAGGAGAGAUGGAAAAAGAGGAUGAGUACCAAAGAGGGAAUGUUGCUCCAAAUCAGACUCACAGCUUUGGACAGGGCAGCCUGAGUUCAGACAAGGAUGGAGACUCCACAGGGACCUGUGACAAACCUGCUGGACAGCAGAAGGAGGAGGACAGUGGCUUUUCCUUUAGCCUUGACCUGGGUCCUUCAAUCCUGGAUGAUGUUCUCCAGGUGAUGGACAAACUCCAACAAUAAAUAAUAUAGUUACUGAGCGUUACUAUGAGAUUGGAAUAUGGAGGAGGGGUCUAACUCUAACCCUUCUGAGGGACACACUUCUGAUUUUAUGGACAAACCAGUAUCCUAAAGAGGUCAUGGUUCAAAUAAAUCUGGAGAUAUCGGUUCCUAUGAUUCUUGGGUACCAAGCAGUUACAAGUGACCUGUGGAGAGAUCUUGUAACACCUAAGUUUUAACGGAGGUAAAGUACUAUACUGGAAAGACUGAUAUACAGGAUGAAAAAUGUUGCCUUUCUUCAGCAUUUCAGUAAAAAAAUGUUACUUUUAUUUAAUCAGAUACCAUUGAAAACUUCUAAGAUGAACAGCGAGCAUGAUCCCAAAGUUAUGAUUCUCCGUAGAUUCACCCCUUGAAGAGAUAGACACGAUUAAGUUAAUGACUGAACUCUGUCUGAUGUCAAACUUGAAGCUGGACAUUUUAACCUUCUUUUACUUUCCUCCUUUGCUAUUGUAAUUCCCCUAACCACACAGCACAGCACUGAAGACGGCUGUUAAGACUUAAGAGUGUUGUGUUUAAGAAAAGGAAAGCUGCGGCUGGAAUCCAAGGUCCUCGAGCUGUGAUGUCUUGGCUCUUGGUGUGCUUGCCAAUCUAUUGUGUGCAGAGGGCAAUUUUUCCUCCGCACGCAUCCCAGAGGCCCCACUCAAAGGUAGACCAAGGUACCCCCCAUCUCUCAUUCCCAACAAUGCAGUAAAAACAAACACUUAGCUCUGCUUCCAAUAAAAGCCAGCCAGUGGUGGCAGGUUGGGCUGCAGACCAAGCCAGGCCACAGGUCCAAGACCUCAGUAGAAAAAAAAAAAUGCCAGAACAGGCUGUUUUCUUAGCUGCAAAUCAGAGUCCAAUACUCUGGUGAGUGGCGCACGAGAAGGAAAGUGGUAAAGGGUAACACGAUACUUCCACAUAUGCAGGGGGUGUCGAGGGAGGAGGACCAGAGACAUCCAUUACUGCAGCAAAAGUCCUGAUGAGGGUUUAAACACUACCUUCUGACCAAACAGACCCCCGACACGUGAAAAAUACAUACUUGCAUCCCACAUACACUUGCCCACAAGUAAAGAGAAACACACGCAUGCACAAGUAAGCAUGCAUGGUUAAUGAGAGAUUUGUGCAUACUACUCCUGACAGUCCAGGUUCAUUUUCCUCAGGUCUAAGGAGAAGAGAGGACAGGGCCUCAGUCUGUGUCUUAGUGGGGGGUUGCCAGGAAAGGCUGUGAGGCAAACCCAGAACCAGUCAAAUUCCUAAGAGCCCCACGGGUCACGCUGCAAAAUAAACGAACCACAAGUGUCCCGCUUCUAGCAAUGGAUUUAGAAAUUCUAUGCAUGUCCAAACAGAUACAGCCAUGUUUGUGGGUACGUCUGCACUGUAUAUCUGUUCUGACAUGUCCCAUUUUAAACUGGAUAUCAUUUCCCCUGUUUCUUGUAUAUUUCAUGAAAAUAACAGAUUGUGAAAAACUGCUUUGAAAAAUGUACUCUGUUCUAUUGUAUUGUAUUUUGGGGAAGUAAAGAAAAAUGUAUUUCAAAUUCCAAGAUUGAUGGUUUUGUGAAUAGAGCUGCUCAUGCCAACAUUUUAGAGUGUUUGUAUGAGAUUGUUUACACACUCUGAUAGACUGACGUUUAUUUGGCGUUUUUAACCGUCAAAAGCCACUGUGGAGCAAUAAGCCUUGUCUGUCACUUAUACCUGACAGUUUCUAGAGAAAUUAUAGCCUUGAAGUAUCCAACACAACAAACAGAACAAUAUUAUUUCAAGGUGGAGAGACACAAAAGCCUAAAUUACACAGGCAUGUCAAGCAGGGUUUUGUGUAGAGCCACAAAUACUGUAUUACAGUAAACUGGACUUUGAAGCUACUGCUGGGCUGUUAGGCAUGCACUGCUCUGAGGCACACCUGUGUCACAAGGCAGUGACAUUCAAUGGGUAACCAGGGUGUGCCGGCAAUUUGGCAGUCUUAUCUAUAGAGGCUACUUUUUUAUGAUAAGCAGGAGAGAGAGCCUUUCAGUAAUACAGACUUAACAUGAGACAGCAUUUCCCCACCUUAAUGACCAAAGGCUAAUUUGUUCACAAGAGAAGGAAGAAUUGUGCAAUGUCGGACAGAUAUUGUGCAAACAAAUUAUUAAGCAAGAACAUGGGUAGACAACUUUAAUCAAUUAA